UUACCACUUCCUACAUUCGUGUCUACCUGACUCUCACCUACGCAGGAAGACCGUUGGGUGCUGUCUGCGGACGUGAUGAGGCCAACGGGAAGGCCUUUCCCCUUCUCGACAACAGCGUCUUCAGUCCGUCCGUGUCGACCAUCCCGGUGUCAGGCAGCGCUGUUCUCACCUGCCGCGGUCACGACGAAUUCAACCCCAACAACUCCCCCACUAUGCUACGAAUCAAUCAGUGGUUCCGUUUCUCAGGUAACUCUUCAUAG